AUGUAUGAAUGUAUUCACAUCCCAAACGUUGAAUUGAACAUGCAAUCAGUAGUACGUAUCGACAUCCAAUUAGUAAAUUGCAAAUUCAACCGUUGUAAACGUGAAUGUUACGAAAGUUCAACCAUUGAAAGAUUCUUAGCAGCUAAAAGGCAAACGGAACUUUUUUUGAUGUCCAAGAUCACUGACCACCGACAACAUUAUUUGCUUUUAUUAAAACUUUUCAGGCGCUGCUUUUUUUUUGCGACCGAUGGAAAAAAGUCAAGACGUUAUUUACAGACAUUUCCUAAUUAG